CCGCGGACAGUCGCGCCGUCACAGUCCCGCCGAGCGGCCGCUACACGCUGCCCCGCUCGCUCCCACUCACGCGCCCUCUCUCCUCCACCACCAGGCCGCCCGCACGCCCGCACGCCCGCCCCCUGGUAAGCCGAAUUGACGAGGACGUGUUGAGGGUGAGUGUAUUGGCCAGGGCGGUGAUGACGCACCAGUGACGCAACUCUUGAUGCAACUUUUGACGCAUCUCUGACGUAGGGUUCCAUGCCUGGACUGCGUACUCAAAGGUAAAUCCGUGUGGCAGCCGUAAGAGGGGAAGUGUUCACGACAUACAAAUCUUAGCCGGAGAGUCGUGGAUGAGUUUGAUGAGUGGUGCGGGAGGCGAGUGGUGAGGGCUGCCUGGUGAGGCCCGCCUGGUGAGGCCCGCCUGGUAAGUGGUGGGUGAUGGAGGGCGCCAGGUCGCUACUCUCAGACAGACUUGAGGCUGCCAAAACGCACCUGCAGGCCCACGAGUCACCCCCUGCCCCCCCAAUCCCCCCCGAGAGGGUCAGGUCCCCCCUCACCCUUCUUCCGGAGAGGGUGAGGUCGCCCCUCACCCUGCACAUGGAUAGCGCCACUUCGCAUCUCACCUCAGUAGCGGAGAGCUUCAAGACACACUUUCCUCAAGGGUCUGAUGAAACUAAGUCCCUCCUGCUGCAGGGUCUGGAGGGUACCAUGUCCCUGCUGGCUGCCCGGGGCAUGGAGGGUACCAAGGCCAUGUACCCUCUGGCCAUGGACAGCCUGAGGGCCUUCCUACCCUAUGGAGGCGAGUGCGUCAACUCUUAUCUUCAGGAGCGACUGGACUCGUCUCUCAAGGGCGUCCGGGAGAGGAAGGACUCGUGUACACCGGACUCUCCGGGAGAUGCUAAGCGAGUCUUGGAGCACCACAGAGAGCACAGGACUCACAGGAAGGUUGCUCACAGCCCAAAAUCUCAGCUCUCUAACCCUAGGCAUGACGCCCAUCUUGUACACGCCAUCAGGGAAUUACACGAGGAGGAGUUUGGUCUGGACGCCGUGCUACUGGCUGAAGGUGGCCACGUGGGUGCACACUGCGCUGUGUUGGCUGCUGCCUCACCCUUCCUCAAGUCUCUUCUCCUACAUGCCAAUGACCACCCUGCCAUCAUCUCUGUCACAGGUACAUCGUUGUCAACUCUGCAGGCAUUGGUGACAUGCUUGUACACAGGCAACAUUCCAGCUGGUACAAGUCUUUAUCAUUUGGCAGAGGCUGCAAAACUUCUAAAAAUGGAUGAACUGAGUGCCGUCCUACAGAAAACUUUUAUUGCUCAAGGUGGUUCAGUGUUAGAGUUGACCCGGCCCCUGCCAGCUUUGCGGUCUGCUUUAUAUGGCUCCCAGGGCUUGGCGCUACCCUUGGAGCCACGUACCGAGAAAUCGGGCAAGAAAAUCCGUAGCAAUCGCCUGGACCAGAUUCUCUACCAGAAACUUAAUGUAAACCACUUGGCACCAGCUGAUAUUCCAGAACCCUGUCCAGUGCCUCCCCCUGAUUCCUCCAGAGUGCCUGUCCUAGAAUCUCCCAGAGUGCCUCCCCCAGACCACUGUGGUGGAAUCUUAGGUGAGCUGUUAACUAAAUCUGACCCCCUUAGGAGUGUAUUUUCUAGUGGUGGCUACUCCAUUGCUGACCUGGGGUUUGAUUCUUCCUGCACUCCACUCAAGCCUCUCAACCUCUCCAAGCCUAACAAGAAUCAGUCAUCUUCCACUUCAGAAAUGUCUUGUCAAACCACUUCCUAUACAUCUUCCACAAAUUCCUCGACUUCCACUACAACAUCUUGCAAUACAUCGGUCUCCAGUCUAGCUUCCAGUCUGGCUUCCCAGACUGACUUCGGUGUAAGUUGUGCAACCUCCCUAGCUUCUACCUUGCCAGGCAGUAUGACUGGUCUUCUGCCCGCACUGACGCCCUCCAGCAUCAUGUCACCGUCUGCCCUUGCUUCCCUAACUUCAUCUUCUGCAUUAGCUUCCCUGGGAACUCAACAUUCUGCAUCUUCUGCUCCCUCCAAAAGCAAAAGCUCUAGUAAUAGUGGAAGCAGCAGAAGUCGGAGUGGAAGCAAGAGUGGCAGCAGCGGGCGAAGCAGCAAUAGCUGUCGGCUAAGCAGCAGCAGAAAUUCUAGUCAACAUAGCUUACCGUUGCUAUAUACUCUAAACAGUGGCAUCAUGACACCUGAAGUGGCCAACGAGGUGUGUGAACAACUCAAACGCAAUCCUCAGUUGGCUUCCCUUCCAGGAUUUGAUAGCUUACACAAUUUAUCAAAUUUGAGCAGCUCAGCCAGUCUUCAGAGUCUUGCUAAUCUCCAUAACUUAUCAAGUUUACAGAGUUUCCCAACACUGUUCCCAUUCUUGGCUCCCCCAUCACCAGAGAGCCCAUUGGUUGGAAAUCAAGGCAGUUUGUCUGGAAGUAAAGAUUGCCACAUGUCGCCUGGUGCUCCCACAAGUGACCCUAGUCUAGCAGCUGGUACCACCUCCACUGAAGUGCCAAAUGUUAUGAGUCCAGCUUUAAUGCCUUCUGAGGAUCAGGUUGCUUUGAAUUUGAGUAAUAGUGCAUUAACUUCCCAAAGCGAGUCUCCGAAGUCUACACAAACAGAAGAAUUUAGUACUUCCAUGCUUGCUCCCAGCAACAGUGCAACCCAAACUUCUAAUGACACUAGCGCAGGAGUGGAAGAAAGCGAUGAAGCAGCACACACAGUCCACCCGCCUCCCACUGAAAUAUCUACCAGCUGUCAGACUUUACUCUCGCAAAACUCCCCCGACUCUGCACUCGAUGCGGACCAAAAUGAAAAUAGCAACACCCCCACCACUAAUAGUAGUGUAGCGUGUAAUAUGAGCCACACUAGCAGCAAUACCAUCAUUAGUGGUAAUAUGGAUCCCAGUAGUCUUCCUCUUUUACUGAUGAGCUCUGGAGCAAGUUUAGCAGGAAUGACACAAUCACAAACUGAUCUGCCAACAGUUACUGAUUUGUCUAUGGAUACCCACUGCACUACACAACAGGAGCCAAGUGUGUUGUCCCCAGAAGUUAUAGACUGUACAGAUGAUAAUGGUAUAGAAGUUAUUGAAGAAAUCCCUCCUGGCAUUAACAGAAACCAAGUUCAUGCCCGCAAAACCCUGUAUCAUUCUGGACAUAUGGGAAGGAAGAGGAAGGGGUGUGGAGAGUGUGAGGGUUGCCAGGUGGUUGAAGACUGUGGCCAGUGUAGAUUCUGUCGUGAUAAAGCCAAGUUCGGAGGACCAAAUAGACUGAAACAAGUGUGUGUGUACAAACGCUGUGUACUCGCAGAGAUUGAGCCAGAAGAUGCAAAGAAGAGACGAAAGACAAGUGGAAAAAAGGGUCGUGGAAAGUGUGGAGGAUGUGACGGAUGUCAACGCACGAGUGACUGUAAUGAGUGCUACGCGUGCCUCCACAAUGCUGCAGCCCAGCCCCCGGCCCGUAGGAAGGUGUGCGAGAUGAGGGUAUGUGAACAACAGCAAAUGGAAGAGGUGCGCGCAGCACUCAGUGUGGCCGGGGAGCCGUCCCCGUACUCUACCGACUCGCUCAUGGCCGAGACUAUGGGCAUUCUCUCUGGAACAUCCAGUCCCACGCCAGAUGGUCAGCCAAGUACACACAAUGAUAAAAUGAAGUUAAUGAGAAAAAUGCUGAAGAAGAAAUUUGCCCAGCCUUACAGCCGGGUAAGCCCGUCUAAGGUGCGAACCAAAUACUACUGCGGGGAAUGCCCUGGAUGCCAGACGACUACGCCGUGUGGUAACUGUCUGUAUUGUGAAGACAUGCCCAAGUUUGGAGGACCUGGGCGAUAUAGACAGAAAUGCGUAAAGCAGUUGUGCGUUUAUCAUCCACGUCUACAAGCACUAAAGCUCUCCAACCGUAGCAAGUUGACGUACGAUGAACAGCACAUAUCCCACGAAACGCUUUCCCAUUUAGGUGCUGCUUUGACGUGCGCGGCAGAAGAAGCCAUUGAUUUGGGAUGUGGAGACAGUCGAGAGAAUUUGGAAGAGUUGGAAAGUUUAGAACCUGUUGAUGAGGCUGAUGAUAUAACAGAAGGAGAAGACAGCAAUGCCACUAUACAUGUUGUGAAUUCUAUGGAAGAAGUAAGAUUAGUAAACAGAGAAAGGCAAAAAUAUAAAGUUGACUGUGCUCCAGUCACUACUGAUGUGUGUAAUGAAAUGGUGAACAUUUUGCCAGCUGCCAUAGACAUUAUUUCUUCUAGUAAUGUCAACACAUGUACUGCCAUUACAAAAGCCGCUAGUGCCAUUUCUACUUCCGCUUCCACGUCCACACUUAACCUAACCCCAGUUUGUACUCCCAUCACUCUGAAAGUUGCAGCCCCUUCACCCAUCCCUAGUCAAACUAUUAUACCGUCUUCAGUGCCAACAACAAUUGUUGAUAAUAUUAGGCCAUUCAGAACAACAGUUGUUGAAACCACUAAGCCACUUGAUGGCGCCAGGCCGCUGCCAACGACAGUUCUUGAUGGCGCUAGGCCGCUGCCAACGCCAGUUCUUGAUGGCGCCAGGCCGCUACCAACACCAGUUCUUGAUGGCGCCAGGCCGCUGCCAACGACAGUUCUUGAUGGCGCCAGGGCACUGCCAACGCCAGUUCUUGAUGGCACCAGGCCGCUACCAACACCAGUUCUUGAUGGCGCCAGGCCGCUGCCAACGCCAGUUCUUGAUGGCGCCAGGCCGCUGCCAACGCCAGUUCUUGAUGCCACCAGGCCGCUGCCAACGACAGUUCUUGAUGCCGCCAGGCCGCUGCCAACGCCAGUUCUUGAUGGCGCCAGGGCGCUGCCAACGCCAGUUCUUGAUGGCGCCAGGCUGCUACCAAUGCCAGUUCUUGAUGGCGCCAGGGCGCUGCCAAUGCCAGUUCUUGAUGGCACCAGGCCGCUGCCAACGCCAGUUCUUGAUGGCACCAGGCCGCUGCCAACACCAGUUCUUGAUGGCGCCAGGCCGCUGCCAACACCAGUUCUUGAUGUCACCAGACCGCUGCCAACACCAGUUCUUGAUGUCACCAGGCCGCUACCAAUACCAAUUCGUGAUACUGAUAGGUUAAUGUCAUCAGUGGAUGUUGAUACCAUCAGGUCCAUGCCAAAAUCAUCUGAUACCACCAGGUCACUGCCAGCACCAGCUCUUGACACUACUAGGGUAAUUCCAGCACGGGUUGCUGAUACCAUUGGAUCAAUGCCACCAGCAGAUUUUGAUGCCAUCUCUUCAGUGGCAAACAAAACUCUUGAUACCACUAAGUCACUCCCAACACCAACUUUAGAGACCACAAAACCCUUGCUAAUACCUACUCUUGAUAUCACCAAGCCACUCUCAACAUCAAUUGUUGAUAACACAAAACCACUGCCAACAUCAGUCAUUGAUACCACUAGGCCACUGCCAUCACCGACGCCUGAUCCAGAAGUAACAGAAAUAACUGAAAACAUCAGUGAUGUUGUAGAAGGUGAUUUAGAUGAUGAAGUUGACAAUGGUGAUGAUGAGGAAGAGGUUAUAUCUGACGCGUCGGAUGUUCUGUCACCGCCAUCUACUCCUUCUCCUCGACCCCGCUUACGUGGAAGAGGACGUUAUCGGGGUCAAAGCCGAAGCAAAGGGAAAAUUGCUAAAACGGAGAGUGUCAGUAUAAAAAGAGGAAAGCGAACCCUUCGUAGAGGUCGGCGACGAAGAACUCCUCGCUUUAAUUUGGAGCCAGAUGACAAUUCUGAUUAUGAUGACCAGUUCAUGCUGGAGGGCGAGACCCCCAGUAAAGAGCUUUUUGCAGAAGACAAAGGUAGCACAACAAUCACACUGAAGAGUCGCCAGACCUCACGAGCGAAAGUGAAUGACAAGAUUGAUAACGAAGGGUUUAUUGGUAAUGAAAAUCCAAUCAAUGACGAGGACGACGACAUAUUUGCAAAUGUUUCAAAGGUAGAAAAGUUGACCAUAGAACCAGAUAUCUUUGAAUUCCAAGACUCUCAAGAAACUGUGAUUGAUAAUAAGGGGGAGACAAGAGACUCUGUUAUGAUGAAACAUAGUGGUCCAUAUGUGUUUCAGGAUGAGGAGCUUAGUCAAGGAGGAAGGGAUGUGAACGAGAAUGUAGGAACUGUAGGGGAGACGGCCUCUGCAUAGCACUUGCUCUCAACAUCCCUGAAGCACUCUCAUAUUCCAGUACAACUUACCAGUGAAUAAACUUGCCAAGUGUGAGUGAUGGUAAAGCUAUGUGUACAGUGCAUACAUUAUAUAUAUGUUAUAUGUGCUUAGACAUAAGUCUGUUUUUGUUUCUGUUUCACAGUGCUUCAUAUUGAGAAUGUUGAUGUUAUAUGGCUUUGGAUUCAUUGCUUGUUUGUUUUCAAUUGCUCAUUAACAGAAUAUUGCAGCAUAUAUUCUGAUUCAAGUUUAGUUCCUUUAUUUUGAAGAGAAAUUAACAAUGUUAAAACUGAGAUUGUAAAUUGAUUGCUCUCCUCUUAAGUCAAGACCAGUUCACUAGUAUAUGGUUGGUGGCGUACGAUUCCUUCAGUUUCUAUAAACUGUUGUAAUACUUUUGAGCUAGUCAAAUAGUGACCUUUGAUGAGUAGAGAAGUUACUGCAGUCACCCCCAUUGUGCCAUGGAAGAGGAAUUACGAGGUGGAAAACAAAUAAAGGGUGAUAUUGUAUACUCAUUCUGAUAGCUUUUACAGAAAUUUGAAAAAAACUUCAGAAGUGAUACCCAUAUUUAAUGUUGAAAAAGGGGCAACUGUUCAUUGUUUAUUUUGAGGAUGCCUUUGAAUCUCGUAAGUGUCCAAAAACCUACAAAAAUUAGUUAAGUGCCAUUUUUUUGCUGCCUAGUUGGACAGAUAUAAUAUAAGAUGAACUUUACAAUUCUGCAAAUAUUCCCUAAGUCUUUAUUUUUUUGGAAAAAGUACAAAGUCAUGUCUCCUUGUGUAAGUGAUAAGCUACUAAUGCGAUGCCGACAGCUUUUACAGUCUGGUAGUGAUAGCAUCGUGUGAAGCCAAGUGUUUUGUUAGUCGUUGAGUUAUUGUUCUUGUCAGUUUACACUGAAGAUUUACUCUCUGGAGAGUUUAUAUAUGAUGAGAAUGUGCUAUAUGUGUGAUAAAAAGCUAUCAGAUUACCUAGACAAGUUAUAUCGCUUGAGAAUUUAUUGAAUAUAUUUUCAGUUUCCUGAAAAAAACAAUGUGUAACUAUUUGCUUUUAAGUUUGUUAAAUAAGGAUAGCCACUCUGUUAAGAGCUUGUGAUUGUAUAUACACUUGGGAUUCCUUGCUAUCGUGGUUUCAGCAUCUGCGUGUUUGCUUAAAGGUCGUAUAAUAUUAUAUAAUAUUACUGUAUUUUGUUACAAAAGCUACAACUGCUCCAUGUUUGGUGUUCCUAUAUUGUUCUUAGUUACUAUAGGAUGUAGAGUUAUAUUGAAAAUAGAGUUUUGCCAUAUAUAGUACCUAGAUAUAUUUACAUAGCAACUUGUGACCAGUAUGAAUGAUUAUGAAAACUACAAUCUUUUGUCUUCAUCUGUUUGUAGCGAGUACUGUUUAUUUCUUUAAUAUGUUGGUUGUUCCUGCACAUUAUUCAAGAUAUUUUUGACUGAUUUUGAAAUUUUGUGAAGAAAAACAUAAAAUAUAAUUGCCAUAUUGUUUAGAAAAAACUAAAAAUGAUAGCUGCAUGUAUUUUGUUAACUGCACAAGAGUCUGGGCAAGUCACUGCACGCAUAUCCUUAUCAUGGAGUUACUAGUCGAUAUUUUUGCUCGAAUGUGUGUUAUAGAUGCUUGACAUUGUCUUUUUUUUUCAAUCAUUUAUUACAGUUACCAUAUCGUGACAGACAUAAGUAUACGAGUCUUCUUAACAGUUAGGGGUCAUCUGAUGAUAUAUUUGGGGGGGGGGUGAGAUUUAUUGUUUACUGGGGGAUAGUAAACUAUUACAUUUGUUUAAAAUCUAACUCAUUAUAUUGAGGCACCAGGGAAUCAAAAAGCACAGAAAUUAAACCGUUAUUACAUGCUGUGAUUUUGAUAUCUCCAUCUGCAACACACUUUGAUAUAUAAAUACAUACAUAUAAACACACUUGAGGGGUGUCCAGUGUUGCUCAGAAAUGAGGGAUGUCACAUUCACUAUACACUAUCUUUUUCACUGUAGACUUCUUCCCUACACAGAAGGUGUCCUUUGCCACCUUCUGUACCCUACACCACCUUCCAUACCAUUCAUCCUCCUUCCCUGCCCUUCACCAUAACCUCUACAUUUCAUCCCCGUAAUCUUAGUAAUGAUGGAGUCUUUAUUAACCGAGUUGGGUAAAUUAGUAAGAUUUGGCAUUUCAUUCAAAAAAGGAGGGCGGGGUGCAUAGGCUCAACCCCAUCCUGCCUACCUGUACCUGAAUUGUACCUGGAGUUUUGGGAGUUCUUCUACUCCCAAAAGCCCAGUUAGUCCGGCACGCCUUACAGAAAACUCUCCAUUUUUUUCUUGAAGACUUCCACUUUUGUUCCAGCAACAUUUCUUAUACAGUACUUGCUGGUAGGACAAUGAACAGCUGUGGACCUCUGAUGUUCAGACAGUGUUCUCUGAUUGUGCCUAUGGCACCUCUGCUCACUGGCUCCACUCUGCAUUUCCUUCCAUAUUGUUCACUCUGCUUUGAGGCAAACUCCAAGCAUCUGGCACCCAACCUCGGACACACAUUCUCUCAUACCAUAUGGAUAUACAUGCACAAAUGGAUAUGCAUACACCUAAACACACACACACACAUGUACUGUAAAUACAUACAUACAUGCACUAUAUAUUAGUAGUCAUACUUUAUAGCCAGAACUGCACUACUUGGCCAAGUAAGCAAGACUUUAUUUGCAUAACAGAAAUUUCAAAUAUUUCUUUCCAAAUAUUCAUUUUCACAAGAAGUUGCAAUAAUGUGAUAUAUCAGUGAGAAAAUCACUGGAGCAGAGUGGAGAUUGAACCAGCGAGUUGGUGAAUGCCAGACGAGUGCCAUACCCCUGAGCUGUGAUGCUAAGAGCUAUUCACCCCAAAACACUACUGUGUCCUCCAAGGAUUCUGUAGGCCCAACCUGUUGCCACAGUUUUUACAAAUAACCUAUAUGCACUCUGGAAUGGGUAUGGAGUUCUCCACCAUUUCACUCCUUUCAAAUAUCUUAGACAUGGUUGUGUCCCAAGUUGAAUAGCUUUUUUAGAACGUCAUGGCUCAGGAGUACGAUGCGUGUCUGGCAUUCACCAAGACACUGGUUCAAUCCCCAUUCUGCUCCACCAAUUUUCUCAUUAGUUAAUUCUUAAUAAUAAUAAUAAUAAUAAUAAUAUAUUGCGAACAUGAAUUACAGACUUGAGAAAAUUAACCAACCGCAUGUUAAUUUUAACUUGAAAAAUACAACGAAAAGACUAUCAUUCCAAAAUGAGAAUAUUUGAAACGGUUAUUUCAGGAAAAUUUGGCAAUUCUGGUUAUUAGGUGUACUGUUUAUAUAUAUAUAGUGUAUGCAUGUAUCUGCUUAUUUAUGUAGGAGCAGAGAUAGAUCUGUCAUUAAAUAUGCAUUUGGAUGUUAUUUGCCAAUAAGUUAACAGUUUGUUAGCAAGUUAACAAGUUGUAAGAAUAUUUAAACCUUCAUGAAAAUUGAAUGCCAUUGACACUGAAUGAUCAAGUGAAUAUUUUGAUUUUCUCCUGCUUGGUGCUUUGAUAUCAGAUCAGUAUCGUAUUAUUAACCUAACUCAAGUCCCGGACAAAUGGGGAGAAUCGUAGCAUCAAGCCUUAAAAGCUAAUGCACUUAUUAUUUAAUAAAGCAUGAUAUAAUUGAGCCCAUUAACUUGUGUGUAUGUUCUGUGAUGUUUCAUGGCAGCCUCCGUAGAUUAUAAUUGUCUGCCAAAUCUCAUCACUUUGAUGCCAAAUUUGAUCAUGAGAAAGACAUAAUAUAUUAAGCACAGUAAAAGCUGAGUGGACAUGAAAUUAAUUUUUCAUAGAAAAUGUAGCUCUUAUUAUGACAUUAUCCUCAUUUAGCUCUUCAUUUUUCUUUAGGAAUGUAUGCCUUAAUCUGUUGUUGUUCUACUGCAACAUUACUCUUUGUGUUGCAUUGAUUACAAGUGUUGCUAUUAUGUGUUGAAUACUCGAGUUCCUCAAUUACUACGGUCACGUACUCUGGAGCACCGUGAUGGUGUCAUCUUCUAAUGCACAUAUCAUGCCCCUGGAGGCAUUUACAGGGUAUCUAAUUCCUCUUGUAAUUUAAAUAAAUCAGAGGUUGUCACAGAUAAUUUAUGUAUAUUACCCAUGAAAUAUAAAUUAUUUUUAUUGUGCUGGGUCAGAGUAAUAAGUGUAGUCUCAAAGAUUUACAGAAUAGAAAUAAAUUUUUAAAUUUCACUAGCAAAUGUAAGUGCAGCUUUUUAUGCAGCAGAUUAAUAAACUGUAGCACAAUACUACAGAAUGUUUUAGCUGUUCUUGCCAAGUAAAUUUUUUAAAGUACUAAUAUUAAUACAGUAUAUCAGUAGGGAAAUUUUAUUUAGCCUGUAUGGGGCUUCAACAAUACUUAUAUGAUAAUUACAUGUUUUGCUUAAAAAAAAUUGUAGCAAGCCAUAUAUACAUGUUCUGAUAUUAAGAAAAAAAACAGGGUACUUAAAGAUGCAUUUUUUAUAGAAAAUAAUUUUUUUUUCUUUAAACCAUAGGUGAUUUCUAAUGUGAUUUUUUCCAUUUACACAGUAAUGCUUCACAACUCAAUAAUUUGUAUUUCUUAAUUUGUCUUGGUAUAUAUUACUCCAAGAGCUUUAUUUACAAUCACCUCACUUGAUUCAAUGUUAUUACAAGUCCCUCAGUGUCUUUUACAGAAGGAUAUUUAGUGCAAAACAGUUUCCUGAAACAAUGAAGUUCUUGUAAUUGGAACUGGUUUCAAUCUUUAAUUACAAUUUCCCAUAGUCAUUGCCCAUACAAAUUUUAGUGAAUAAAUUGUGUUAACCAAACAAGGACUAGAAAAGUCUCUGACAAAUUUGGGAUGACUUUAAGUUGCAGUACUGACCCCUGCCUACGAGCUGUGAGACUCCAAGCCUUUCUGUACUACACAACGUUGCCAAACUUGCCGCACGGUGUUCAGUGUAAGUCUCAAUAAAGCAUAUGCAAA